UCCCCGGAGAAAAGCUGCCCCGCCACUCGCGCGAUGAUUUUUUACGGAUCGCCGCGACUACUGCGCUUGUGUUGUGUGAUCGCGACAAUUUGUCGCCGUUAAAAGAAUUCCGUGACAUCAGUAGUCGCGUUCUGUCGGUGGCAAAAACAGGGUUUGUUAGAGACGCUCUGACCGCGGAAAGUAUCCCCCCCUUCCACUACCCCACUCCGCUCCACCCACUGGGCCGAUCCUGCAAAAAUCAGAGUUGGCAGAAAGAAGCACUUGGGUCAACCGCAAUUAUCACCUGGUGCGGCUUGUAUUAGAUUACGCUACCGAAUUUUUACAUGAUAUUCGUGAUCGGUCACGUGGUGGACAUGCGGCGGCGAGUGUAGUGUUUUGUACAGUGCGUGCUGGAAGCCAAACAUGCUUCCUUUGGCGACGACUCAGUGAGUGCAGCAGUGACUGGGACACACCAUGUCCCAGUUUGGCUUCCGAGUAUCGCCGAAUACCCAGAGCACAGUAUCGUCCGGACCUAGUCAACCAACUCCGCCGCCAUCCGGUAUGGCAGUGACCUCUUCGGCACCAACUCCUGGAAGUCCUCCGACAACGCAACGGUGUUGUGAUACCGGCCGACCGCUUUUUACCGAUCCAAUUACGGGUCAAAGCGUCUGCUCGUGUCAGUACGAAUUAUUGGGUUACCAAAGGCUAGCUGGUGGUGUACCAGGUCUACCACCCCUAUCAAUGUAUAGCGCUCCCUAUCCCGAAGGAAUGGCCGCCUAUUUUCCGGCACUAGGUGCCGAUCAAGCUCCAUUUUAUACAUCGGCGGCGGCAAGUUUAGAACUUAAAGAAAAUCUUGCGGGCGCAGCGACGUGGCCGUAUCCUUCAGUUUACCACCCUUACGACGCGGCGUUCGCCGGUUAUCCCUUCAAUGGAUAUGGAAUGGAUCUCAAUGGUGCGCGACGGAAAAAUGCGACCAGAGAGACGACGAGCACGCUUAAAGCGUGGCUUAACGAGCAUAAGAAGAACCCGUACCCGACCAAAGGCGAGAAAAUUAUGUUAGCAAUAAUCACGAAAAUGACUUUGACGCAAGUGUCGACCUGGUUCGCGAACGCAAGGAGGCGAUUGAAAAAGGAGAAUAAAAUGACGUGGGAGCCGAGGAAUAGGGUGGAUGAUGAAGACAAUAACAACGAGGAUGACGACCGUAAGAGUACGGAUGGAAAGGAUAUUCUAGAUUCGAAAGAUUCGGGGACGGCCUCGAGCGAGGACGGUGAUCGCACACCUCACCCUCGCCUUACAGGUGACGGUGGCAGCGAAUGGAGCGAAUCGCGCCCCGACAGCGGUCCCGACAGUCCCGAGUGUUUAUACGACAGAACCCACCCCGCCUUUUUGCCUCCUCGCUCUUCCGGUUCCCCGCCUCCCCUCUCGGUGUCGUCGGCCUCGAAACCGCGAAUAUGGUCUCUCGCGGACAUGGCAAGCAAGGAGAACGACGCCCAAUCCCAGUCCGCGUCUUCGGCGUUCUACUCAACGGCCGCAGGGCGACUAAUGCCACCGCUUGGAGGUCGACUGCCUCCUCCAAGCCUAGCCUCAACGCCUUACGCGAGAACGCAAGAAUUGUACAGAAGCUUGUACGGAUCGGCCGCGGCGCAACACCUCGCAUCGGCCGGCGCAAGCGGCGGCUCCCCCAAUAUAUCGCUACUAGAAUCGUAUUCAAGAUCACUAAGUGCGAGCUUAAGUGGUAUACACAAUAGCAGUGAUUCCAGUGGUAGUGCGCCCUCAGUGAUUUCCAAAGUAACACCUUCGUCAUCGGGCUACUCGAGCUCGGGGCUUCCUCUUGGUUCGACCACGAGCACAUCCAGAAUAUCACCUUCCUCUACCUCUUCGGUAUCGUCAGGCUCCGAAACGCCCCUAAAGCCAAUCGCUUUAAAUAAAGCCUGACCGCCGAUCGUGCUUUAGCCCUGAUCUACCUCGGCAAAUGUAAAUAGGGAUGCGGACAAUAAUGAAUCUGGCUCUCGCCUCUUUGUAGUGUGCUGUACAGUCAAUGUGAUAUACCUUUUUAGUUCCUUAAGUUAGUUGGCGCACAUGGACGUUUAACCAUAGAAAAUUUUGUAAAUAGAAAUGAGACUGCGCACGCGCAGCAGUAUAAAUCUUGUAUCUAUGUAUGUAAUUAGCAUAGAAUUGUAAGAAAAUCUUUGUUAUUAUUAUAUGUAUUACUAAGAGCAGUAUACAAUACAAAAUAUAUUACAUGAACAAAGGGCAUAACGCAUUCAAGACACUUUAAAAUUGUUUUUUUCUCUUCUAUGAACAUAUCAUGUGAUUGAUUAAUACAAUUGAUUUGUAUAUUCUAUUACCAAAUUUUUCUUCUUUGCAAUCCACUGGUGUGUUACAGUUGCAAUAAAGAAAUAGUUCAUUACUUA